AUAUUUCAAGGACCAAUCUCGUGCAUUUGGAAAGUACACGCUCACACUAACGAUUGCCCGAGGUCCGAAAAUCUACCGCACAUCCAACGGAUUGACCUCAGUUGGAUUCAAAAUGGAAAGUAAGGGGAAAGGGCGGCUGAGGUCUGCAGCUGAGACUCUUCUUGCAAAGCCGCUGAGCUCUGCACCUGAGAAUCGACUUCGAAAGCGUAUGAGGCCUGCAGCUCCGCAAAUCAACAGCACAUCCAACGAAUUGACGUCAAAUGAACGCGACGUAGUGAGUUUGAGUCUGCGGAUUAGGUCCCAACCUUUUUCUCUUGUUCCGGAGGGGCUGAAGUCUGCAAAUGUGACUCUACUUCCGGAGGGGCUGAGGUCUGCUGUGACUAAACUUCCAAAGCGGCUGAAGUCUACAGCUGGGACUCUGAUUGAAAAGGGGGUGCGGUGGACAUUCCACUCAAUUGUAACUGUAACAAAGUAUUCGCAGAUACCGGGUGAAUCGGAGUUUGCAAUUCCAGAGAAGGAUUCGCAGAUACAGGGUGAAUCGGAGUUUGCAAUUCCAGAGAAGGAUUUGCAGAUACGGGGUGAUACGGAGUUUGCAAUUCCAGAGAAUACAAAAUCGACAAAAGUGGUCUACAUGCCAUCGAAGUACUAUACAAAGCUAACAGUAAACACUAUCUUCGGAGGUAAAUACGCCUUAGAUGUCGAGCCGGGGGAUCACGUCUAUUCGUACGUCAAUGUUUUGGGACUGCGUGUAUAUAUAUACUCGCAUCACGGCAUCUUCGACGUUGAUGGACUCAUUAUCCAUAAUGUGGCAGACAGAGAACGUUACAACCGGGAUUUGAAGAAAUGUCGGCUUGAAAACUGCCCUACUAUUCGCGGUAAACGAAAAUGUGGCAUUGUUAAGACAUGCAUCGAAUGUUUCAAGGGGAGCCGUGCGCUCCACGUGUACGGUUAUAACAAUAAGAAUUAUCGCUAUUGGAGGCCUAUUGAUGGAGGUACCACUACACAUUUAGAAAAGAGUUCUGAUCGAGAGGAGAUUUUGAAAAGAGCUCGUGACAGCCUCGAUAAGAACGACUAUGGAGAAUUCAACCUGCAGGACAAUAACUGCGAAGGCUUUGCGGUUUUUUGCUGCACUGGGCAGAGGGGGAUGGGCAAUCAAAGUUGGCGGGUGGGAGACUUGAUGAACUACGUUAAGCAUGUCCCAUUCAUAAGGAGAAUCACAACGCAGAUUGGCGAUCAUUCAGCAUCAUCAUUAAUCGUCAAAAUCGGUCAAUCAUUCAUCCUGAAACGACGCGUCUAAUUAUCCUAAAUCAUGUUGUUAGUAAUUAGUUACCGAGUGUAGUAUAGUGAUCAGGAUUAGAUUAGGAUAAUGUUCUGUUAGAUCUCUUGUGUCUUCUUCUGUGGUCGAUACCCUUCUCGAACAUCUUAUCCCUUUGCUACUCAAGGGACCUCUCUCUCUCUAAUCUUUCAUCUAGUUUAGAUUUUACUUUCAACAUGGUAUCAGAGCGAACUCCUUCGCUAUUCUUCUUUUGCUAGCGACCGACGAUUAGAUAUUUGCCGGUCUUGUUCCUUUCGGUAAGCAGAUGCCUUUCUGUUAGAAGAGAACUUGUUGUUCUAGGACCUUAGCGAGCAAUGGACAAAGUUUCAAACUUUUUCGAGUUUACGAAGCUUUCCGGGCGCGACAACUAUCUCAAUUGGUUUUAUGUGAGCCGAACCUUCCCGCCCUUCAGCGUUUGUAGUCCAGGUGGGGAUUCGAGCUCCCAUAAUCUAACUUCGCUGAACUCAAGCCAUGUGCUCUAAGUGUAUCUAAGACAACGAGAUCCUAAACACUUGCUCUUUC